AUGCUUCUUUCAAAACUUGUUGCACCAGUCGCCCUGGCCGCCACAGUCCUGGCUGAUGGCGCCGCCGUCAACACCGCACUCAAGACUGUUGACAAAAGCAUCAAUGCCCUCACCGCCACCCUAACCGGCUUCUCCGGCAACAUCUUUGGCUCUUUACCCGUCCUCGGCGCCAGCCUAAAGCUCAAGUCUGACAUUCAAAAGGCCACCAAGGCCGCCAGCAGCUCGCAAGAUCUCACCUCUGAUGAAACCCUCAGUCUGGCGGAGACAGUGGGCACAAUCAUUACAGAUGCAACCAAGUCAAUCGACGCCUUCAUCGCCGUCAAGCCCAAGUUUGAUAAGCUCUUGAUUCUUACUCCCAUUGCUGCUGGCCAAAUCAAGGACCUCAAGACGGCGACUGUUGCGCUUGGCGACGCCAUCGUUUCCAAGGUCCCCGCUGAAUUGAAGGACAUUUCUUCGCAACUGAUCGGCCAGAUCAAUGCCCAGUUCGACCGAGGUAGUGCAGCGUAUGGUGGCAGCUCCAGGGGUUCCCUCUUGUUCGGGUUGCCCGGCACACGCCGCUCCAGUCGUUUGGAACGACAUAUUUGA